AUGCCCUCUAUCCCCUUACACCUCAGCCCAGCAGAGCGCGAUCCACAAACGUCUCCCAACCCACUCCCAGGGCUCCUGCACACGCCCUCCGGCCUCGCCAUCCUCGAGAUCCAAGGCGUCAUCCACGCCGACACCGCACCCAUCGCCGGCGACAGCAACAUACCCACGCAGACGCCCAUCGGCGAGCUCGUCUUCCCGCUCUACGAUGCCACGGCACCUGCCGAUAACACGGCGUGGAUGAAGCGGGUCUAUCUGUACGUGGGCAGGCACCAGCGCAUGACGGGCGAGGUCAGGAAGUUGGUGAAGCCGUACGGUGUGGUUAGGCGGAGGCAGGGCACUGUGGAUGGGGCUGAGGAGCUGGAGGUGGUGGAGGUGGUUCUGUUUAAGGUUGUGUUUUCGUCGAGGCCGGAGCCCGUUGGGGAUGCGGAGAUGGGUUGA